GCGCGCGCGCGCCCGCCCGCCCGCCCGGCCCCGCCGUGCCCGCGUCCCGUGCGGCCGCCAUGUUGUUGUGGUUGUGAGAGGAGGUGGCGGCGGCAGCGAGGAGCCGAGCGACCCCGGCCGAGGCAGGAGGCCGCGCCCCGGGAGGGGGUGUGGGAGCUCCGCGCCAUGCCCUGCCCCGCGGAAGCUUGACUAUUGACAGGACACACCGUGAAGAGUUUGGAGACGUUGAAGCUGCAAAUGAAUUGAUGCAGUAGUCUCCCCUCGUCUGGAAGGGGUUGGCAGCUCAAACGUUUCUAAGGAAGAUAAGCAAAUUAGUUGAGUAGAAGAAGAAAAAAAAAGUCACCUUAGCAGCAUUCGAAGUGAUUUUGCCCGUCAUGGUGCUGAGUCCGUUCACCGUGGAUCAGACAGACGGAAGAGCCGAUGCAAGGGAAGCGGUGGGAGCACGCAGCUGGGAAGGUUUAGUCCCUUUUCCCAGAGUUGCCAAUGUGAAGUAUUGUAGGAGCAUUGUCUGAAGCUUUCUGGGACAGAGAGGACUGUUUUGUUGUCUGCUACUCUUUGUCACCUGGACUCUGGGCUUGCUCCUGCUGGAAAGCUGUGAGAGCCACAACCAAGGCAGUGCUUCAGGCUCACCGCCACGUCUCAUGCGAUUUUAAUAAGUGAAGAAGAGCCUCUAAGUAUUGUGAGUAAAGACGAGGAUUUCUCCUCCUAUCCAGGGCCUGUCAUGGAUGAAGAGACUCAGCACAGCCUUGAAUGCAUCCAGGCUAAUCAGAUUUUUCCCAGGAAGCAGCUGAUCCGAGAGGAUGAAAACCUUCAGGUCCCGUUCAUUGAACUUCAUGGUGAGAGUACAGAGUAUGUAGGACGAGCAGAGGAUGCCAUCAUUGCACUUUCAAAUUACAGACUUCACAUCAAAUUCAAAGAGUCUGUUGUGAAUGUUCCAUUACAGCUUAUAGAAAGUGUUGAGUGCCGUGAUAUAUUUCAACUCCAUUUGACUUGCAAAGACUGCAAAGUUAUAAGGUGUCAGUUCUCUACUUUUGAGCAGUGUCAAGAUUGGCUUAAGCGACUGAACAAUGCCAUCCGCCCACCUUCGAAGAUAGAAGACCUUUUUUCAUUUGCCUAUCACGCUUGGUGUAUGGAGGUUUAUGCCAGUGAAAAAGAGCAGCAUGGGGAUUUGUGUCGGCCAGGAGAGCACGUAACUUCAAGGUUUAAAAAUGAAGUUGAGCGGAUGGGUUUUGAUAUGAACAAUGCCUGGCGGAUUUCCAACAUCAAUGAGAAAUACAAGCUCUGUGGUAGUUACCCGCAGGAAAUCAUAGUUCCCGCCUGGAUCACGGAUAAAGAGCUAGAGAGUGUGGCAAGCUUUCGGUCCUGGAAACGUAUCCCUGCUGUUGUGUACAGGCAUCAGAGUAAUGGAGCAGUUAUUUCCCGCUGUGGACAGCCUGAGGUCAGUUGGUGGGGAUGGAGGAAUGCAGAUGAUGAACACCUUGUCCAGUCUGUAGCCAAAGCCUGUGCCUCAGAUUCAAGGUCCAACAGUAACAAAAUAAUGAAUGGAAAUUGUUCCAGAGAUUUCGCCAAUGGAGGGGAUCUCUCUGAUGUGGAGUUUGAUUCCUCAAUCUCUAAUGCUUCAGGAGCAGAGAGUUUGGCAAUACAGCCUCAGAAGCUUUUGAUCUUAGACGCGCGAUCCUAUGCAGCAGCUGUGGCUAACAGAGCCAAAGGUGGAGGCUGUGAGUGCCCAGAGUAUUAUCCAAACUGUGAAGUAGUGUUCAUGGGGAUGGCAAACAUUCACUCUAUCCGGAAGAGCUUUCAGUCCCUGCGUUUGCUCUGCACACAAAUGCCAGAUCCAGGAAAUUGGUUAUCAGCUCUGGAAAGUACCAAAUGGCUGCAGCACUUAUCGGUGCUUCUGAAAUCUGCGCUACUUGUAGUUCAUGCCGUGGACAGAGACCAGCGACCAGUCUUGGUGCACUGUUCAGAUGGCUGGGACCGUACCCCACAGAUAGUGGCGCUGGCCAAAUUGCUGCUAGAUCCGUAUUACAGGACCACAGAGGGUUUCCAGGUGCUAGUGGAGACAGAGUGGCUGGAUUUUGGCCACAAGUUUGCAGAUCGCUGUGGCCAUGGUGAGAAUUCGGAUGACCUAAAUGAGCGCUGCCCAGUGUUUUUACAGUGGCUGGACUGCGUCCAUCAGCUCCAGAGGCAGUUUCCUUGCUCUUUCGAGUUUAACGAAGCAUUCCUUGUCAAAUUGGUGCAGCACACCUACUCUUGCCUCUUUGGUACAUUCCUGUGCAACAAUGCGAAAGAGAGAGGAGAAAAACACACGCAGGAACGGACCUGUUCUGUCUGGUCUUUGCUGCGGGCAGCAAAUAAAGCCUUCAAAAACCUGCUCUACUCUUCUCAAUCUGAAUCUGUGCUGUAUCCAGUGUGCCAUGUGCGUAAUCUAAUGCUCUGGAGUGCUGUUUACCUGCCAUGUUCUUCCCCCUCUACACCUGCUGAUGACACUUGUGCCCCAUACCCUGUUCCAGGCUCUAGCCCUGAAGAUCAGCCUCUGGGCAGGUUACCAAAGACAAGAUCGUUUGACAAUCUGACGACAGCCUGUGAUAGUAACAUGCCUACAACUAAUCGACGUAGCAGCGAUCCCAGCCUAAAUGAAAAGUGGCAAGAGCACCGUAGGUCUCUGGAGCUGAGCAGCCUUGGUAACCCAGGGGAUGAUCCGUUUGAUGGAGACAGCCUGAGCAAACAAGGCAGGGCUCCAGUUGGAGCAGAACUUUCUGUUGCAGCUGGCGUGGCAGAGGGACAGAUGGAGAACAUUUUGCAAGAGGCCACUAAAGAUGAUGUUGCUCUGGAGGAGCACUUAAGGGGUAGCCUAGAGACAGUAGGUAAAGAGGAUGAGAUUGCCCUGGAUAAGGAGAACAGAACUGAAAAUCUGCAUGGAUAUGUCAGUGACGUCUGUGAAAAGACUGAGAUGGAUAAAGGUAUUGUAAUGAACAAUCCUGUGUCCAAUCCACAUCCAGUUUCACAAGGUGCUUCUGAUCUUAAAGGACAACAGGAUGAGCAUACUGAUCUCAGUAAUGCUAUCCAGAAGUUACCUCAGGUGAAAGGACUACAGACUGUUCCUUUGGAGAGUUUUGUAAAUAGAGAUGCUCAAAAGAACAUGGAGGAAGGUGUUAGCAAGCUUCAAGGAGAAACAGAGGGUCUGUAUAAUACACCACAGGCCAGCCUUCCAUUAGCUCUCACAAUCCAACACGAGGCAAGAACAUCCAACAUUGAAAGUUCUACUGAAACCUUAACAGAGAGUGAAACAAAGCAAGAGCUGAUUCCUAAGGGUCUUUGCCAUAGACCUCAUCUGAUCGACAACAGUGCUGAUGAACUUUCUCGAACUGUUGAAAAUAGGCCAGAGGGGGAAGGCAUGCUAGAACUUCAAAAACUGGGAACAAAAGUAAAUAGGACUUCUAGUAGCAGCAACACACACAUCCCGAUGCCUUCCCCUUGUGCCUUGCCUUUAGCUGAAUGUAAAGAUGAGAUUGUGUGUAAUGGAGAGCUGGAGCCUGAGAACAAGGUGACAGAGAAGCCUGUGGGGUUUAGAGUUCCCCAGAAAUAUCCUGCAACAAACGGACAUUGUGUGAAUGGAGAGGACAGUAGGAUCAAAGCUUCUCUGAGUCGGCAGGUCUCUACAGCUAGCUGUAGUUCUGCUCAGUUUCACUUGAGGAACUUGCACCAAAAAUGGAUGUCUAGUCACCUUGGGAAGCAGCAGACAGCCAGCAGCCCAGACCAACCUACCAGAAGUCACCUGGAUGAUGACGGGAUGCCUGUCUACACUGAUAUAAUCCAGCAGCGCCUGCGCCAGAUAGAAACUGGCCAUCAGCAGGAAGUGGAGACCUUGAAGAAACAGGUGCAAGAGUUGAAAAGCCGGUUGGAGAGCCAGUUCCUGAAUAGCUCCUUGCGUCUCAAUGGUGAUUAUGGAGAUGAAGUGACUUCUAUACCCGACUCGGAAAGCAAUCUGGAUCAGAACUGCUUGUCUCGCUGCAGCACAGAGAUUUUCUCUGAAGCCAGCUGGGAACAGGUGGAUAAACAGGACACAGAGGUGACACGAUGGCUUCCAGACCACCUCGCUGCACACUGCUACGGCUGUGACAGUACGUUCUGGCUUGCCAGCAGGAAGCACCACUGCAGGGACAUUGAACGUGUUGAUCAAAUCUGGAAUUGUGGAAAUGUGUUUUGCUCCAGUUGCUGUAACCAGAAGGUGCCAGUUCCGAGUCAACAGCUCUUUGAACCCAGCAGAGUCUGCAAAUCGUGCUAUAGCAGCUUGCACCCGAGUAGUACCAGCCUUGAUCUUGAACUGGAUAAACCCAUCACUGCCACAUCAAAUUAAAGCUCCAGCCUAGAAGAAACAGGGGAACAGCCGUGUUGAUUCUUCCCCGAACAGACACGCACAGUCUUGGUGGGAGGAGGCUGGGAGGACUGAAGAAGCCAUGCACUUUGGAGUUUGGGACAUGGAACACUGCUCGGCAGGACAGAAAUCUAGGAUGAACCACUGGAUUGUGGAAUUCUCCUUUUCCAGUUAUUCCCCCCUUUCCUUUCUGUCCUAUUUGUGUGCGUGCGUGCGGGGGGGUGUGUGUGUGAUGCGUGCGUAUGUGUAUAUAUAUAAUUAUAUAUAUAUAUAUUUGUUUGUUUGCUGGAAGAUUGUGAAGUGGGAAGGGAGCUGGCCCCAGAACCAGAUCCCCGUAUGUCCCACUGUUGAACUGUGUUGCAGACAGACUGUUUUAUGGAGGAAAGGAGAAAAGGGGAAUCAGUCCCGAGUCAGUGUGCAAAGUGUGAAUAUCUGUAGCAUCAAUGCUAGUGCUUUCAAUCACUCCUGUUACUUCCAAACAAGAAACUGCUGUUUGGGAACUUGUUGCUGCUAGAAGAAAUGGGAAUCUCUUUCCCAAGAGAGCACUCUCCCUCUCUGUUCUUAGAGUGGGCUUAGUUAUCCUCAACUGCGUGAAGGGGGAAUCAAUCACAGAUUUCCGUACUCAGCAGCUCUGUAUUUACAUAUAUAAUCUACGUGUUUUAUUGCCAUUAGCCCUGUUAGCUGUGGCUCUGAGUGGAAACACCUGGACAGCUUUGGCUAAGGAAAGUGUGUGCUUGUUUGGGAGAGGUGAGAAGAAGGCGACUGAACAGGCUGCUGAGCUGAGAUUGGUUUUACACUGGCGCCUCUAUCUGUAAAUGCAAUUCAUUAUUUAAAAACAAGUGGGAAAGUAGAAGACCUUAGACUUCUAUCCUUGCCCCAUCUGUCGGAUUUUUUACUGAGAAUGCAGAGCUACUUUUGGAGCGGUGCACUUGUCAUGGUUCAUACCAAUUGUCAUACUAUUGAUCAGACUUGCACCUUAAUGACAAUAUCCAAAGCAACUGAAGAACAACUGUGCUGUGCUGGUAUUUUAACCAGGCUCGGUCUGUGAGAAGUGCAGUGAUGUUUGCGAUACUCCUGGGAUGUUUCCUCCUUUUUUAAUCUAUAUUCAGUGUACUCCAGAUAGGAAAAUCCUGCCUGAGGAUUAGAGACCUAAAAUAAAUCAUGGAUUCCUCUUCUUCCUUCUGUCCC